AUGCGAGUGUCACGCACCGUAUUCGUUCUUCUUGGCGUAUUAACACUCCUUGUUGCGUAUUGGUUUUUUUCCAGUGAUUGGACUAUUCUUGAUCUAACACCAACACGACGAGAUUUGACAUGUCAACACCAUGAUUGUUCUCAACGCGGCACUUGUCUCAUCGGCAAAUGCUUCUGUCAAGUUGAUUACGAUGGGAUCGAUUGUGAACGAAUCUCUUAUCAACCUAAACGGAAAUCAUGUCUCGACAAUAAUGAUGAUACUUGUUUCAUUCAUCCAAUUUAUGGAAUUGGUCAAGUUCCAGCUACACGAUGGAAAAACGCUCUCCAAACGGAAAGAUCAGUUUGGACCACACAAUCCAAUGAUCGGUGGAAUGAUCAUUUAGCUGGUUUUGAUAAUUACAAAACAUUACCGAACGAUCUCGGUGAAAUGAUCGAAAUGGGUUGUGGGCCAUUUACUCAAACAUUAUCAAUUCUUCGUCUUCCCAACAAAAAAGUCAACAUCACCAAAUUAACACUCUGGGAUCCAAAUGCUAAUGAUUACAUCAAACGAGUCACAUAUUGUUCGUAUAAAAAUGGUUCAUUGAAAGGUUUUAGUUCGAUUCCAACAACAAUUGUUUCGGCACCAUCAGAAGAUAUGAAUAUUUAUCUGAAUGCAUUUGAUACAAUUCUCAUGAUAAAUGUUCUCGAACAUGUACAAAAUGCAUUUCAAAUCUUGCAGAAUCUUUAUAAUUCAUUGAGACCAAAUGGAAUUUUAAUAUUUGGUGAACGAUGGUGGGAUUAUAUGUUUAACACAGCAAAGUACGAUGGUCACGUGUUACAUCCUAUUCACAUCAAAUUUUAUGUUUGGAAAUGGUUUACUGAUCAUUUUGAACCGAUUUAUGACGCGAGAAAUCAUCAAUCAUAUUCGAAAUAUGGUCAUAAUGGAAGUUAUUUUAUCGGAAGGAAACGAAAGGUAAAAUUUGUUUGA